AUGUGGCGAGCAAGAUCACUUUGCCCUGUACCACUCUUCGUCACUUUCCUUUCGCUGGCAGACACCUUGCCCAAAUUAACUCCUUUGAUUCCAUCGCAUAAGGCUGCGCUUCAACGCCCAUCGUCUAAGCCUAGGCUUACUUUAAUAAAAAACAACUACCAAAACGUCUCACAGUUGAUCACCAGCAGCGGCUACCCCGUAGAAGAAUACAAUGUCACGACCAGAGACGCUUACAUCCUCAUGAUACAACGAAUACCCCGAGGACGCAACGAGCCGCGUGUUAAUGGCAUAAGUAAACCGGUCGCCUUCCUCAUGACUGGGCUUCUGAGCAGCAGCGCUGAUUACGUGGUCAACCUGCCGGAUCAAAGCCUUGGUUUCAUCCUAGCAGACAACGGUUUUGAUGUAUGGUUGGGAAACGUCAGAGGUACCAUAUACUCAAGCCACGAGUACCUACUGAAAUGGCAGACAAGAUACUGGGAUUUCAGCUUCGACGAAAUGAUCAACUUCGACCUACCAGACCAAAUAGACUUCAUUCUGAAAAGGACCAGGCAGAGUUCUUUGCUAUAUGUGGGUUGGUCUCAAGGGAGUCUCAUAAUGUUUGGCUUGCUGGCGUCGAAACCACGCUACAACCAGAAGGUUCGUCUUUUCAACGCCAUUGCACCGGUGGCCUAUCUGGGUCACAUGACAUCGGAGGUGAGCGAGGUGGUACCGUUCGCAGACUUCUUAAAUGGUCUUCUCCAAAUGACGCUACGCGGUGCCUUUCUGGCAAAUAGUGGGCCCGUUUUCGAGCAAAUAAAGGAAGGCGAAUGUGGAUGUUCAAAACAAGGUCCAGUUUGCAAAGCAGCCUUCAAACUUUUCAAUGGAGGAUUCCCCACUGAAAUGGACAAGACGAGGUUUCCAGUUUACAUGUUUAAUAACCCGGCCGGAUCAUCGGUACGCAACAUCUACCACUUCGCACAGAUCAUAAGAGACAACCGCUGUCAAAUGUUCGAUUGGGGGCCACUGAAGAACAUGAAGAUCUACGGGCAGAAACGCCCACCAGCGUACGACCUCACCAAGGUCACUGCCCCAGUGGCCCUCUACUGGAGUGCCGGAGACAUGUUGGCCCGUCCAACGGACGUGAGGCACCUCGAGAAGCGUCUGCCAAACCUGGUGCUUAGCUACAAGGUGCCAGCGCGCAACUUCACGCACAUAGACUUCGUGUGGAGCAUCAAAGCUAAGAACCACCUGUACAGGAAGAUUCUAUACAUGAUGAAGGAAUACUCGCAGGAGCAGCGUCAACAGCUGCCCUCAAUGAGUGUCAAUCGAAACACUGUGCAUGUGUGACGCAUGUA